UCAAUCAGUAAAAUUGGUCCUCAGAGAUCUUCAAGAACAAUCCAAAAGUUGAAGCUAUUGCCCGAUGCUUCCACAAAAUUUCUACCUACCAAGGCCAGCAGUGCUGAUAAUACUAGACUGAUUAAAGCCGAAAUCAUCCAUCCUGAUCUUAAUCUUCAAGACCCUAAUGCAAUUGAUGAUAACGACGAUACCAUUUAUUCCCAAACGACCAAAACUAAAGAGUCGAUUGCAAGAAAAGAUGCUAAAAAGUUGGGCAAGUCAAAAAGAAAUUUUUUACCAAGAGUUACCACUUAUUGCACUUCCAACUCAAUCAAAUUAUUCAACCUUUAUGAUUAUUUAAAUGAUCACAAAAUUAAAUCCCAAUUUAGAACUUCUCCCAAAUUAAUUAAUGAAUGUCUAUAUACUCAUUUCAACUUAUCUCUAUCAAAUAAUAAAAAUUCUAAUUCUAAUCUCAACACUAACACUAACACUAACACUAAUUAUUCUUCUUCUACCUUUGCCAAUGACGAAAAUAACGAAAUCGAUGAAUACAACAACAACAGCACCAAUAACAAAUACAUUCCCUCAAACAAUGCAAACAAUUCAAUAAUACAAAACUUCAAACUAGAUAACCAGGGUGGGGACAUCAAUUUAUCACAUUCAACUUACUUGAAAAAACUAUUCAUCUUUGAAUAUGGUGUAAUAGUAUUUUGGGGUUAUACUAAAAAAGAAGAACUCUUUUUCUUAAACACAUUUUUAUCCAAUUUCGAAGUUGAAAAAUUGCCUUCUAAUAAUAUUCAAAUUGAGGAAUUCAACUAUUAUAUAACUGACUCUUAUCAACCAAGAAUAUAUAACGACUUCAUCUCUUUAAAUUCAAAUAAAAAUCAACUUUAUUUAACCAUUCUACCAAUUUCCUUUGCCAUUUCUCAAUCUGUCAAAAUCUCCUUGUUUGAAUCUUUAUUAGAUUUAACCAUCCAACAAACUCAAAACAUUCCUAAUGAAAUUGCUAAAAAUGGUUACUUGAAAAAAAAAAAUUUUAUGUCAAAAAAUGAUAUCAUGAAAAAAAUUGGUGAAUUGUUCAUUUUAAGAAUAAAUAUUAAUUUACAUGGAGCUGUUUUAGAUAACCCUGAAAUAAUGUGGACAAAACCUCAAUUGGACCCAAUUUAUCAAGCUACAAGAGGCUACUUGGAAAUUAAUCAAAGAGUCAAUCUUUUAAAUCAAAGAUUGGAAGUUAUUAAUGAUUUGUUACAAAUGUUAAAAGAACAAUUAAGCCAUUCUCAUGAAGAAUACCUAGAAUUAAUUGUUAUUGCUUUAAUCGCUGUAGAAGUCUUAGUAUCUCUAGUGAAUAUUAUUGUCGAUCUAAUUGCAAAU